AUGUGUGAGGAUCCUGAGGAAUAUGAGGAAUGCGAGGAAUAUGAGGAAUGUGAGGAAUAUGAGGAAUAUGAAGAAUGUGAGGAUCCUGAGGAAUGUGAGGAAUAUGAGGAUUAUGAGGAAUAUGAGGAAUAUGAAGAAUGUGAGGAUCCUGAGGAAUGUGAGGAAUGUAAGGAAUGUAAAGAUCCUGAGGAAUGUGAGGAAUGGGAGGAAUAUGAUGAAUGUGACGAAUAUGAAGAAUGUCAGGAUCCUGAGGAGUCUGAGGAUCCUGAGGAAUAUGAGGAAUGUGACGAAUGUAAGGAUCCUGAGGAAUAUGAUGAAUGUGAGGAAUAUGAUGAAUAUGAAGAAUGUCAGGAUCCUGAGGAGUCUGAGGAUCCUGAGGAAUGUGAGGAAUGUGAGGAAUGGAAGGAUCCUGAGGAAUAUGAAGAAUGUGAUGAUCCUGAGGAAUGUGAGGAAUGUAAGGAUCCUGAGGAAUAUGAAGAAUGUGAGGAUCCUGAGGAAUGUGAGGAAUGUGAGGAAUAUGAGGAAUGUGAGGAAUGUAAGGAUCCUGAGGAAUGUGAGGAUCCUGAGGAAUAUGAGGAAUGUGACGAAUGUAAGGAUCCUGAGGAAUGUGAGGAAUAUGAAGAAUGUGAGGAUCCUGAGGAGUCUGAGGAUCCUGAGGAAUGUGAGGAAUAUGAAGAAUGUGAGGAUCCUGAGGAAUGUGAGGAAUGUGAGGAAUAUGAGGAAUAUGAGGAAUAUGAAGAAUGUGAGGAUCCUGAGGAAUGUGAGGAAUGUGAGGAAUAUGAAGAAUGUGAGGAUCCUGAGGAGUCUGAGGAUCCUGAGGAAUAUGAAGAAUGUGAGGAUCCUGAGGAAUUUGAGGAUCCUGUGGAGUGUGAGGCUCCUGAGGAAUGUGAGGAAUGUGAGGAAUAUGAAGAAUGUGAGGAUCCUGAGGAAUGUGAGCAAUAUGAGGAAUGUGAGGAUCCUGGCAAAUGGAGGAAUGAGUGUGAGGAAUGUCAGUAUCCUGGGAAAUGCGAGGAUGCUGAGGAGUGUGAGGAUCCUGAGGAGUGUGAGGAAUGUCAGUAUCCUGGGAAAUGCGAGGAUGCUGAGGAGUGUGAGGAAUGUCAGUAUCCUGGGAAAUGCGAGGAUGCUGAGGAGUGUGAGGAUCCUGAGGAAUGUGAGGAUCCUGAGGAAUGUGUGGAUCCUGACAAAUGUGAGGAUCCUGAGGAGUGUGAGGAAUGUCAGGAUCCUGGGAAAUGCGAGGAUGCUGAGGAGUGUGAGGAUCCUGAGGAAUGUUAG